AUGACAGAACCAUUAGAUAGCGAAAGACAUAGUACUCAAUUAGAUAACGCAUACUCUGAUACAAUCGAACUCAACAGAAUAGUUUCAUCUAUUUUAGAAAAUAUGAUUGAAAAGAGGCUAAAAGAAGCACCUGAAUGGUUCAAGACAGAAAUGAAUAGUAUUAAGUCUAGUUUUACCAACUUGGAAGCUAAAGUGGAAGAAGUACAAACCAACUUGGAAGAAGUAGAAACCAACUUGGAAGCUAAAAUGAAUGAAAAGUUCAAUUCACUCGAGACAAGCUUGAAUAGCAAAUUUGCUUUAAUUGAUUCAAGAUUUGUUUCACUCGAGCACAAUCAUUUAUGUGUGUUUAAUGUUGUUAGAAGAAUGUUUGGUUAUGAUGCUGUUAGUGUGCCAUUCUUGAAUAGGGAAGAAAACCAAGAAGAGUUACCCCCAGUUCUGUCAGUGCAAGACAUUGAUGGAUUAACGAAAGAACAAUGCCAGAAAUACUUGAGAGGAUACAAUGUUGAGUUUCAUCUGAAUGAAACAAUCAAGCUAAAAGAAAGAUUACGAGAUGCAGUAGGUUUAAUGUUUAGCUCUGACAGAGAUUAUCGAUUUACACCUUUUUCAGCCUAA